CAUUGACCAAAGCUGUUUAACGCCUACUUCUCGCUUAUCGGAUAUUAAACCAAACUGGGAACCUAUCUUCAAGAAAGAUUACCAAGGCAUAUAAUUUUCCUUUUCUCUUCCCAAAGUUUAGGAAUAAUUGAAUUACUGUAAGGCUGGGCGGCUGUUCGUUUUCUGGCGGCAAAAUCCUGUUGUAUAAAUGUUGGCUAACUUUCUUAUUUGUUGAAAAUGUCUUCACACGAUGGAAAUUUAGCGUUGGUUUGGGAUGAUCUUAAAAAUGGAUUCGAUGCAAUAUUUCACCUGGAGACAAUUAAAAGAAAAAGAUAUAUGGAACUCCAUACACAUGUGUACAAUUAUUGUACAUCUGUUGACCCCAAGUCACACACAACACCUAGUAGAAGUGCCAUAGAAGCCGAGCCUGGAGGAAAAUUAGUGGGCUUUGAAUUGUAUAAAAAGCUGCGUAAUUAUUUAAAGUCACAUGUGCAUGCUUUGAAGCUAAAAGGAAAUAAUCUUGUGGAUGAAGAAACGUUAUCGUAUUUUGAAAAAGCAUGGACUGAAUUCCGUUUCGCAUCAAGAGUGUUGGAUGGUGUCUGUAACUAUCUUAAUAGACAUUGGGUAAAACGAGAAUGUGAAGAAGGCCGGAAGAGUGUUUAUGUUGUGUACACGCUGGCACUGAUGACAUGGCGUGAACAUCUAUUGAAACCUCAUGCUAGAGUUUUAAUCAGUGCAAUUCUUCGCGAGAUUGAACGAGAGCGUCGUGGAGAAAUAUUAUCGACAUUACGACUAAGAAAAAUCAUUGAAUGUCUGGUCGAGUUAGGCAUUACCUCUGAUCAGCAAUCGUUUUCAACAUCUUCAUUGGCUGGACCUGCUUCAUCUCCUAGUGAACCCUUGCCAUACUUGAUGAAACCCUUCAAAUCUCCUGGUUUUCCACCGAAACCUAGUGGUUCUACCGCAAAACCAUGUAAAUCUGAGGCGGAUUCCAAUUACCAGGGUACAUCAAGUAAACCUCUGUCAAGUUUUCGUGGUCCACUUCAUCCUGGUGAUGCUGCAGUUGAUGAAUCCAACUCGGCUACUCCUAAUGCAUCAUCAACGUUAACAUCUGAUAUACGGACUAAUUUAUCAGUUUAUCAAGAAUAUUUUGAACGACCAUUUUUGUCUGAAACUGAACGAUACUAUCGAUUAGAAAGUGCACAAUUUUUACAGACGAACACUGUUCCAGAAUAUCUUCAAAAAGUGGAAGCUCGAUUAAAUGAAGAGCGUAUUCGUGUUCAAACUUACCUUCAUAUAAGCACACUUCCUAAAUUGAUGAGAUCUUGUGAACAUCAUCUGAUCGGUGAACAUAUUGACCGGUUAACAUCAGUCUUCUCGGAUCUUUUCAAUGAAGACAGAGAAGAAGAUAUAUGGCGAAUGUAUCGCCUGGUCGGUCAUUUCCCUAGUGGAAUACGUGUUCUCGUUUCUGUCAUGGAGGAUCAUGUGGCUGAAAAAGGAUGGGAAGCUCUUCGUCAAGUAGCUGAAGCUGCUGUAAAUGAUCCAAAAUUGUACAUUGAUACAAUAUUAAAAGUUCAUCAAAAACACUAUAAUCUUGUAUUAUCUGCUUUCGCUUGGGAUCCAGCAUUUUCACGUGCAUUAGAUAAAGGCUGUGAACGUUUUAUUAAUCGAAAUGCUGUCACUGAAUUAGCUGGUAAUCAAAGAAAAUCACCUGAACUUUUAGCUAAGUAUGCAGAUUUUCUACUAAAGAAAAGUGCUAAAGACAUUCAAUUGGAUGAUUUAGAAGAAACACUUGGACAAGUGAUGAAUGUUUUCAGGUAUAUUGAAGACAAAGAUGUCUUUCAAAAGUUUUAUAGUAAAACUUUAGCACGUCGUCUUGUCUAUAACCAAUCAGUGUCUGAAGAUGCAGAAGCUUCUAUGAUUUCAAAGUUGAAAGAAGCAUGCGGUUUUGAGUAUACAGCUAAACUGCAAAGAAUGUUUCAAGAUGUCAAUGCUACAAGGGAACUUAAUGCAAAGUUUAUGGAUUAUUUACAGAAACAAGAAGAAGUUAAUGGAAGUACAAUUAAGGGUACUGACUUCAACAUAAUGAUUCUCAGUUCAAAUGCUUGGCCGUUUCAAGCACAAGCGCCUUUCUCUAUUCCUGCUGAAUUGGAACAAUGUCAUAAUACAUUUCUCUCCUUCUAUCAAGAACAUCAUACUGGUCGAAAGUUGACAUGGUGUUAUCAUUUAUCGCGAGGUGAAGUAGUCACCAACUAUACUAAAACCAGAUAUAUAUUUCAGGUAUCAACAUAUCAAAUGUCUGUCCUUAUGUUGUACAAUGCAUCUCUUGUCUACACAGUUUCAGCUAUUCAACUACAGACAGGUAUUGAAGAGGCUACUUUACUGCAAAUCUUACAAAUUCUUCUUAAAGCCAAAGUGUUGAAAAUUGUAUCGGAUAGCAAUUCUGAAGUGGAACCAAGUCAGACAACAGUCUCUGCAAGUGAUGAUUCUAGUGAAUCUCAAUUGACACCAGAUACACAUCUGGCGCUGUAUACAGAUUAUAAAAAUAAACGUGUUCGAGUUUAUUUGAAUGUUCCACUGAAAAGUGAAACAAAACAAGAGAUUGAACAAACUCUGGGCAAUGUUGAAUCUGAUCGAAAGUUAAUUGUUCAGGCCUGUAUAGUACGCAUUAUGAAGACUAGAAAAGUAAUGAAACAUCAUCAGCUGAUGUCUGAAGUUGUAACACAACUAAGUCCACGAUUUAAACCUACUCCCUUGUUAAUUAAGCGAUGUAUCACCGCUCUGAUUGAAAGGGAAUACAUCAAACGAGACAGUAAUGAACGCGAUGCGUAUGAAUAUCUUGCUUAAAACUCCUUUUUUUCUCUCUCUCUAUGCAUAUACACAUAUACAUAAAAUACACACAUACAUCAUAUUUACUUUCAAUGGGCUUUCCUGUAGCACACCUUUCCUUCACGAUCUCAUAAUGAUGAGGACGACGACGAUGAUAAUAAUGAUGAUUUUUAGUGUGUGAGUGUGUGUGUGUGUGUAUGUAUAACUUUGAGGCCUAAUCUUAUCAAACUGUUACUUUGUAAAGUACUUCACUAAUGAUGAAGUUAUUUGCGCUUGUAUUUAAACGAGAAAAAAAGUGGAGAAAAGAAGUAACCAAUCCGUUUACAAUGUGCUAUUAACAUUCUCAUUUCUUUCUUUCUUUUUGUUUACUUUCUUAUCACUCUACCUUCAACCGAAGGGAGUGUAUAAGAUCCAAUCGCUCCAACUUUCGAUUAUUCGUACCAUAAGGCGGCUACCUAACUAACCUAUUUAUAAGUUUUGUCUUCUUUUCUCCUCUGCAUCGCUUCGCUUUUCAACGAUUUGUGUAAUCUAAGUACAGACAUUGAGUGAUACUGUCAGAGUCUCAUGUAAUUCCGCAUCUUAUUCAGGAUACCGAAAAUCAGUGCACUGUCCUUUCAUUCUGUUUUUUAGCAGUAUUGUCUCUAUUUAUAUACAUAUAUACACUCUGGAAAUCCCUUGUUUACAAAAAUACAGACAUUUUACUGCACCGUAGCCCUGUCACAUCUUUGUUCCUCUUUUUCUGAGUUGCUUUUCAGUGUAUUUGCUUGUUUGUGUACGUGUGCGUCGAUACCUAACUUCAGUUUCUUUAAAUGUAAUUUUCCUCUUUGCCUACUUCUUUCAUCUUUGUACUGCGGUAAAGUCAAUUGUGUUUGUUGGCGUUUUUUUGUUUGUUUGUCUGUCUAUCUGUUCAUGCAUUCAGUCAUUCAUUUUUUUGUUUACUCGUAUCCCACUGCCAUUUUACCCGUUGCGUUGGUGGUUCAAUUCAACAAUGAAAUGCUCGCCUGCCAUGCGGGCGGUCAGACUUCAGUUUCUAUGACUGACGCACUCCGCCGUCCUCUAUGUGUGUUUUUCUAAUAGACAAUGGUUUUGAAAUUCUUAAGAAAGCAAACGCAAAUGGUAUUACUCUACUCUGCUGUACUCCCUGAUGCAUACAUAACCCCCCCUUUCCACCCCCACCCCCAUUACCCUCAGUUUCAGUUACAUUGUCGGGUUUUAAUACUCAAAUAUCUUUUCACUUUCUGUGUGCGUAUGUGUAUGUAUGUAAUUUAUGAAUUUAUUAAUCAUACAUGUUUUCGUCAUAAUGAUGGUUGUCUCUGAUAUCUUUGAAGGGGUUGUUAACACCUCUAAACACAAACUAUACUUAUAAACCACCACCCCAUGAUAGCAUUUGUCUUUUGCACUACCUUUUCCCUUUUCUUCCUCUCCCUUUUUUGAUGUUUUUGUGUGAACAAAACAAAUGAAAAUGCAGUUUGUUCUCACUCCCCUGUAUCUCCGUGAUGUGUAUGCGUGUCUCUCUCUCUCCUUCCUUCUGUCUUUGUUAACAUUUAGUCAUUUGCAAGUCUUAUUUUCUAUAGUUUCGAUACUUACAAAUUACCAUCUUAAAAAAAAACUGAUGCAGAAGUAUACAUGAUAUGACACUGUUUAUUAUAUCAAUUAAUCAUUACAAUUAUUAUUAUUCUCAUUUGUCCUGCAUGUAAGUGAUUUACUUUGGUAAAUCUUCUUCUAAUUGUCUUCCCUCGUCUUCCAUCGCUUUUAUUGAUUGUUUUGCGUAGUUUUUCAUUGGGUAGUAGUUGUCCGUGUUUAUUGGGAAUACUAUUGGCUUCAGAGGUGGUAGCUGAAUACCGGCCAACCAGUCAGUCAAAUCAUGCACGUGCUUUGAGGUUCGACUCCCCCGGCCAAUACACUUCUAAACGACGCUGAGUCGAUAGUAAUUUCGGAGAAAGAGACAAGGUUUAGUGGGCGUGAGGCUAGGUAAUCUUUGCUUCCUUGGAAGUUUACCACAAGAGUUAGUGAAACUUCAGCGACUUAGGUUCGCCUUAGAAUGUAUAACAAUGAAAAAAGAAGGAUAUUACUUAGUUUUGUAAAUGCUUAGUUUGUAUUCGAAUCAAACGUGAUGUAAUGCGGUUGUUUUUAGGUGACAAUGAUAGAUUUCCACAUACAGAGGUGCACACACAAAUGAUACAUCUGCAAUGGACGCGAAGGGUCGGAUACGCACUGAGUGACAUCUGGCACCAGGCGGUAUCUAUUAUUGGUGAAAAAGGACGAGUUAGGCGUUUGAGGGUGACGUGGGUGACUGGUCACAGCUCCUUCGAAUGUUUUCAUGCGAUUCUAGCGCUCCUUUCAAAUGUGAGAUGAUAAGGCUACAGGACUGCAGUACAUUAACUACUCCUAGCUUAAAGAUAGGAUGUGAACUGGUAGUGAGUGAUGACUACUUCACCUACUUGGAGAGUCGCAUCAGCCAACGCCAGCGGGUUGAUAGCUGACGAAAUCUCAGUACGGAUACAGAAGGCUCAUCUGGUAUAUGCCCACCAUCUCUGGUGUAGAAUUGAUAUUCGCCUGAUUAUCGACCAAAGGGCCUGUGUACUGCACAGCAGUCCGCUCCAAUCAUCCUUGAUGGCUAGCUGUGAGACAUGGUCAUUGAAAGUGUAAGAUAUGAAGUUGUCUUUGAUCAUAGUUGUCUGCAUUCUAUCCCCCUGUGUGGUGAUAAAAUAGGUUGAGUGGUAUUGGAGUUAGGCUUCAGUUAAGUGCUAGGCAAGGAAGGUAGACCAAUUGACUAGGUUGUGAAGUUACGCCGAUUGAAAUUUUUAGGACACGCGCAGGCUUAGCCGUUGGUCGCCGUCCUCGACUGUCAAUUUUAGCCGACAUAGGAUCAAUUUGGGAAAGAGUUAGUGUUAGUCAACCCAAAAAAAAGGCUUCAUCAGUCAAUCUCUUUACCAGCUUUGUUACCGGCUUAUCGAGGUAAGGGAGUACGUCGGUUGGAGAUCGAACCGCGGACCAUGUGCAUGGUUGGCGAGCGUGCUAUCCGCUAUGCCACCGACGCACUACAUGUUCACACUUCAGCAAAUACCAAAGAUAUUUUCUGAAAUUCAGUCAUCAAUGACUCCUUUUAAGAUUUAUUGGCGUUCUGUGCUAUAUUAUGUUGAGAGAUGGCUGCUAGCCAAAUUGGUAGACAGUAAUUUACGUCAAUGCUUAUGUCCCAAAUAUUAGUCAUGUGAAAACUAGAACAAAAACUUUUUGAUUGCACACUAGUCAGUAACUAGUGUAAUGUGUCUAGUCCUAUCUUCGGUUCAGGCUGAAUUCUACCAGUCAAGCCUGCAAGAUAUGCCUUGCUGAUGAGUGCCAACUAUCAAGAAACCUAAGUCCAAGGCUUCCUGCCGAUUGCCUCCAACCACGUAAUAAGAACAAAGACUGGUAGCAGAUUUUGUGUAGGCGGAUACAAUUAGCAGAUAGAUGAUCUGACAUUCAAGAAACAGUCACAAAGAGAUGACAGAUUAACUUUUAGUGAGAAACAACCAAUCAGAAGACUGUGUUUAUCCUGCUAACAAUAAUCUAUAAUAAUGUACUUGAAAAUCUAUAAAUAUGUGUUGAUUUCCUUAAUAAACGGUCUGUUGCCU